UAGGAAAGCAGGUUCAGUAGUGAAAUUAUUUGCAUCUACCUAUUGUUCUUCUUGUUUCUUUUUCUUCCAGUUGGGUCCAUAUUUUGUUUUGUCCACUCAAGAGUAUAGAAGAUGCCGUACAGGGGUCUUCCUUAUCUGUGUUAGCAAGAAAGAAGGCUUAGCUGGAGGAUUUGGUCAUUGCCUUCCUUGAUAGCUGAGGUGCUAAGUGAGCCUCACUUGACACAAAAAUUGUCAUUAGCACUUUAUUAAUGAUGGAUACUGAGAAGAAACCUGAAAAUGAUGAAGAUGAAGAUAUCAACAAAGAAGCAAAAGAUUUGAGAAAUAUUUCAUCCCAUAAUGUAGAAUGUGAGCCCAUAUCUGAUGUGAUAGCAAAUUCGUCUUUACAGGAAGCAUACAAAAAUCUUGAGAAGAAAGAGGAGAAUUCCACAGGCAAAAGAGCUUUUUCAGAAUCCUCAAACUUUGACAGUGUUGUUAUGGAGGAAGAUAGAAAGACACAUGCUUCCAAACGAAUGAAGUUAGAUGAGGCAGACCCCCUUAAAUCUGAAGAGCAGGGUAUGCAUGGAUUUGAAACCUCUGAUGGCUCAGUCAUAGAAGCGGGUAUCCCAUUAGAGGAAACCAUGAAGGACACCUUACUGAAUGACUGCGCAGAUGGAGGCAGUUGUCUUUCCAGUUCCUUUUCCCCCACUUGUGAUUUUAGCACUAUUGAUGAUGUUUCUGUGAAAACAGAUACUGAAAAGAAGUCUGCUCAGGAAAUAGUUUCCCUUGAUUCAGAAAGAGAAUCUCCUUUCCACCUGAAAGAAAUUAGUGUUAGUUGUACCCUUGGAAAUGUAGAUACAGUUCUCAAGUGCAGCGUUUGUGGUCAUUUGUUUUCUUCUUGCCCUGAUUUGGAAAAGCGUGCCAAAUGUCAUAUGCAACAGUCUAAGGAAUAUACCUGCUGCCACUGUAGCCAAAAAGCAGAGAGCACUUCAGCUCUGCAUAUACAUAUCGGACAAACGCAGGGGUCACAGCAAGUCUUUUCUUGUGAUCUUUGUGGUUUUCAGUGUGCUGAAGAAAGCCUGUUGAAUGCACAUUAUCUUGGCAAAACACAUCUCCGGCGUCAGAAUCUAGCUGCUCGUGGAGGAUUUGUACAGAUGUUAACAAAACAAUCUUUUCCUAAAAAACUAUGUACUGUGGGAACAAAAAAUCUUCAAGCAAAGCCAAGGGCUGCUAAACCGAUAGCCAAGAAUAGUGGUUCAAAAGGAUUCCGCAAUGUUGGAAGCAAAUAUAAAGACUUCAGAGGAAGCAUUUCUAAACAAAGUGGUAAUUGCAGUGAGCUUCUUGUUGAAAUGAUGCCAUCCAGAAAUACUUCUUCGGAAGAAGUAGAGAUUGUUGAAGAAAAUGUUAUUUCCCUUGGUAUAGCUCGAAAUCCUGAAAACCAGAGUAAAAGGCCAGGAGCAUUAGUAACCUCAGAGAGUCUGUUAGAUAAAUUGGAGUCCACCAAAAAUACCCUUCACACAGUGCACGGUAUCAGUACAGGCACGCGACCAAGACCUGAGCGAAACAUUCUGAUGCUGGGUAAUAGUUUUCGACGACGAAGCAGCACUUUCACCUUGAAAGGCCAGGCGAAGAAAAGGUUUAAUCUUUUAGGAAUUAAUAAAAGAGGUACAAAUGAAACUCAGAGGAUACAUAGGAAACACUUUCGAACACAGAUGAAAAUAAGUGAUGCAGAGUCAACAAUUAAAGAAGCAGAAAUGAGUAACAAUAUCCAGGGUCUGUGUGUGACUACCUCAGAAACCCAGGCACUGAAGCAGGACAAAAAAAACUCUCACCUCCCAUGUUCCACGCAGCUUGACUCUCUGAUUGUGAAACCAUCUUCUGACCAUCAAGUGGUAUGCAGUUGUACAGACUGUGGUCAAAUAGCUGCAAAUAGGACGGCUUUGGAAAUCCAUGUGAAAAGGUGCCAUGCAAGAGAGAAAUUUUCCUGCCAGACAUGUGACUUUUCAACUGUGUCAAGGAGGGACUUAGAUGACCAUUUGCACAAACACCAGCGUCAGCAACCUGCUUCUGUCUUCAGUUGUCAAUGUUGUCCAUUUAUUUCCUUGAAUGAGACAAAUCUUAGAGACCACAUGAAGGACAAGCAUAGUAUGGGUUUUCUUUGUACUCCUUGUAAUCUGUUCUUCUUGUCUGAAAAGGACAUGGAAGAACACAAAGCAACUGAGAAGCAUAUUAGUUUAUUGGUUCAACCAAAGACUUCUCAAUCAUUUAACAAAGAUUUGGUUUUACAGACUUUACCUUUAAGUCCUUUAGAAUCAGAAAACACAAAAGAUUCUAUGAAUGAGUCAGGGAAAGCAGCUCAGGAAGGACCCGUUAAGUCCAGGGUAAGCCAUGGAAAUGAAGUAAGGCAUUCAUCUUUAAGUAAGCCUCAGUUUCAAUGUAAGAAGUGUUUUUAUAAAACAAGAUCUUCCACUGUUCUUACAAGACAUAUAAAGCUUCGUCAUGGUCAAGACUAUCACUUUCUUUGUAAGGCAUGUAAUCUUUAUUCAUUGAGCAAAGAAGGGAUGGAGAAGCAUAUUAAAAGAAGCAAGCAUCUAGAAAAUGCUAAGAAAAAUAAUAUUGGCUUAAGCUUUGAGGAAUGUAUUGAAAGGGUGUGUAUAGGUGCAAAUGAUAAAAAAGAAGAGUCUAGCAUUCCCGGAAAUGGAAGGAUCGAAGGCCACGUAGAAGGUGUGCAAUUACAGGAGCAUUCCUGUCAUGAGAAGAACAUACUAACUUCUAAGGAACUGUCACAGUCUGGUAUAAUCACCAAAGAUAAUGAAUUAGCUUUGACCAGUACCCCAAAGAGAGGGAGACCUAAAGGUAACAUCUCAAGGACAUGUUCACAUUGUGGUCUUCUGGCCUCUAGUAUUACAAACUUGACUGUUCACAUUAGACGAAAACACAGUCAUCAAUAUAGUUACUUAUGUAAAGUGUGUAAGUAUUAUACUGUAACUAAGGGAGAUAUGGAACGGCAUUGUGCCACCAAGAAGCAUAAAGGACGUGUUGAAAUAGAAGCAAAUGGAAAACAAAAUUCAGACAUCGUUGUUGGUCCAGAAGGGAGUAAUCUUGAUGCCUGUAGAAAGAAUAUCAAUUCCACAGUGGCCAUUUCAGAUGAACUUGCAAACAAGUCAGCUGAAACAGAUACCUCCAUUUCAGAAAAGCGUGUGUUAGAUCAUGGAAAUCCAAUUGAGGUUGAAGUUGAAAAUGUAUUUCAUUCUCUAGAUGGAGAAGUGAACAAGCAUCUUAUUGAUAAAAAGGAACAAGUAUCUCUAGAAGUUGAGGAGCUUCUCCAAGAGGGAGAUGUGUGUUCCCAGAGAGAUGUUACAGAUACAAGUGAUAAUAAAUGCACACACUGUACAUUUAAUGCCCACUCUUCUGCUUCUCUAGAACUUCACAUAAAACGGAAACAUACAAAAGAAUUUGCGUUUUAUUGCAUGGCAUGUGAGUACUAUGCAGUCACUCAUCGAGAGAUGACUAGGCAUGCAGCAACAGAGAAACACAAGAUGAAAAGGCAGUCCUAUCUUAGCUCUUCCACUAAUGGAGAAGUUAGUUCUGCAGACAUGUCCAGAAGCAUUGUUAUACCUGAAGAGGAACAUCAACAACAUUCUGAAGGGUUUCAAAUAAUUUCUGACCAACCAUCAGAUACUUUUAAAACUAGAAGUGCUGGUGAUUGUUCUGUUUUAGAUGCUAAUACUAACUUAGACAUGUCUAAAGUACUUUGUGCUCCUGAUACUGUAGAAAUUGAGACUGAGGAAGAAUCUAAUUUCAGUGAAGAUCAUUCCUUUUGUGAGACUUUCCCACAGCCCCUUGUCAAGGAUAAAGUUAUGAAGCCUGAGGAGAUGGUGGCCCUUAAUAUUUCUUCCAGUUAUGGCUCCCCAAGCAUACUUCAGAAUGAAAAUUCAGGAAACUCAGCUUUGAAUUGUGAGGCAGCAAAGAAAAACUACAAUAUUUCCAGUUACAUCAGUGAUCCAAAUAGGCAUUGUGAGAACAGUGAGGGAGAUACAGGAGAUAAUAGCAAUCAAGUCAUUAGCAAACACAUGUGCCCUGCUGUUGAGGCAGGAGAGCAUUCAGCUGAGAGCACUGUCCCUAUUGUGAUGAGAAUUACAAGGGGGCAGCUAAGCCUGGAUAGUAAUGACCAAAACAAAGUUGGUAGUGCCCAUGGGUCAGAGGAUUUGGAGAGUGUGCAAGAAGACUCUGCUCUGGAGAACAAGGAAAUCCUGUUGAAUUCACAACAUGAAACUAAAAUUAUUUUGGAAGACGAUGGUCCAGCUUCUGAUAGUACAGUUGAAAGUAAUGAUGUUUAUGAAACUGUCAUCAGUAUUGAUGAUAAAGGACAGGCCACGUACAGUUUUGGCCGGUUUGAUUCUUCAAUAAUAAGAAUAAGGAACCCUGAAGAUGGUGAAUUGGUAGACCAGUCAGAGGAAAGUCUGAUAGCAACUGGAGUGAGAAUUGGUGAGUUGCCCUUAAAAGACUCUGCCCUUGGUGUGAAAAAGAAGAAAUCUGAAGGCAGUUCCUUUGGUGAAUCAACACGAAUUCGUUGUGAUGAUUGUGGCUUCUUGGCAGAUGGUUUGAGUGGACUAAAUGUUCAUAUAGCCAUGAAACACCCUACAAAAGAGAAGCACUUUCAUUGUUUACUGUGUGGAAAAUCAUUUUAUACAGAAAGCAACCUUCAUCAGCAUUUGGCUAGUGCUGGUCAUAUGAGAAAUGAACAGGCCAGUGUAGAAGAACUUCCAGAGGGUGGUGCCACCUUUAAAUGUGUCAAGUGCACAGAGCCCUUUGAUUCUGAACAGAAUUUAUUUCUGCAUAUUAAAGGACAACAUGAGGAAUUGCUACGAGAGGUGAAUAAGUACAUAGUGGAAGACACUGAGCAAAUCAACCGUGAGAGAGAAGAAAACCAGGGAAAUGUUUGCAAGUAUUGUGGGAAGAUGUGUCGGAGUAGCAACUCGAUGGCGUUCCUAGCACACAUCCGCACUCAUACUGGAUCAAAACCAUUCAAGUGCAAGAUAUGCCAUUUUGCAACAGCUCAACUUGGAGAUGCCAGAAACCAUGUCAAAAGGCACCUUGGGAUGAGGGAAUACAAGUGUCAUGUCUGUGGGGUUGCUUUUGUAAUGAAGAAGCACUUAAAUACUCAUCUACUAGGGAAACAUGGAGUUGGCACCCCAAAAGAAAGAAAAUUUACAUGCCACUUAUGUGACAGAAGUUUCACAGAGAAGUGGGCCCUGAACAACCACAUGAAACUCCACACGGGAGAAAAGCCAUUUAAAUGUUCCUGGCCCACUUGCCACUACUCGUUCCUCACCGCCUCAGCCAUGAAAGACCACUACAGGACGCACACAGGCGAGAAGUCCUUCCUGUGUGACCUGUGUGGGUUCGCGGGCGGGACCCGGCAUGCCCUCACCAAGCACCGGCGACAGCACACAGGAGAAAAGCCUUUUAAAUGUGAUGAGUGUAACUUUGCCUCCACAACGCAGUCCCAUCUGACUCGGCAUAAACGUGUGCAUACUGGAGAAAAACCCUACAGAUGUCCCUGGUGUGACUACAGAUCCAACUGUGCUGAAAACAUCCGCAAGCACAUUUUACAUACCGGGAAGCACGAAGGCGUCAAGAUGUACAACUGCCCCAAGUGCGACUACGGAACAAACAUCCCUGUGGAGUUCCGGAACCACUUGAAGGAACGACACCCUGAUAUUGAGAACCCUGAUCUGGCCUACUUGCAUGCUGGCAUUGUCUCCAAGUCCUAUGAGUGCCGGCUGCGGGGACAGGGGGCCGCCUUCGUGGAGACAGACAGCCCCUUCACCGCCGCAGCCCUGGCAGAGGAGCUCCCAGCCAGAGACAAGUCUCCCCGUGGCAGCCGGCGGCCGGCCCCACCUGCCGAGCACGUGCAGCAGGUCAUCAUCAUCCAGGGCUACGACGGGGACUUUGCCCUCGACGCCUCUGUGGAGGAGACGGCAGCCGCCACCCUGCAGACGCUAGCCAUGGCCGGCCAGGUGGCGAGGGUGGUGCACAUCACCGAGGACGGCCAGGUCAUCUCCAGCAGCCAGGGCGGCCCAGCCGCCGGCAGCGUGGGGCCAGGGCCGCUCCUGCCGGAGCAGCUGGCCAGCGGGGCAACCCAGGUGGUCGUAGUGGGCAGCUCGGUGGACGAGAACGACGACGAGGCCGUGGGCUCCAGCGGCACUGUGCUACAGCAGGUGACAAAGCAGGAGAUGCUGGGUCUCUCUGAGGCCGGGGUGCCUGCCCCCGACUCCUCAUCAGCACUCGAUGCGCUGCUCUGCGCGGUCUCCGAGUUGGGGGAGGUGGGCGGCAGGACCGGGCACGCCGAGAAAAGCAGGCUCAGUCCUGAGGUGCUGCUGCAGCUGCCACUGCAGGAGGUGCCCCCCACGCCUGCCGGCCCCGAGGCCCCCGAGGCCCAGCUGUUCCCAGACAUCCAGGAGGGCCCAGCAGAUGCGGGGCCACUGGACAUGCUGACCCAGGUGGUCCGGCCCUCGGCCGUCAUCGCCUCUCAGGAGAGAGCCCAGAUGGCCUUCAAGAAGGUGGUGCAGGGAGUGCUCCAGUUCGCCGUGUGCGACUCGACGGCAGCCGACCAGCUGCUCAAGGAGGGCGUCACGCAGGUCAUUGUCAACGAGGAGGGCACUGUGCACAUGGUGGCCAGGGAGGGCUCCCAGAUCCUCAUGCAGGAGGCGGGGGCGCCCGGCCUGCGCGUGCCAGGGGAGCACGUGGAUCUGGUGGCGGCCGACGGGGAGAUCUCGCAGAUCAUCGUCACCGAAGAGCUGGUGCAGGCCAUGGUCCAGGGGUCCCCUGGCCACUUCCCCGAGGGCACCACGCACUACAUCGUGACGGAGCUGCCACCGGGGGCACAGGACGCACCGGGCGUGUUUGCACACGCGGUGCUCGAGGCGGCCGAGGCCCAGGAGGCGCUGCAGGCUGGGGCCGCACUGGACACUGGGGUCCCGGGCCCCGAGCCGCUGACAAGCAUGGUCAUCUACACGCAGGGGCCCACACCAGCUGCCAUCCGGGGCCCCCGCGAGUGGGACGCGCAGGACCAGCAGCCCGAGGCCUAGGCCGCUGCCCGCCGCUCUCCCCACGAGGACCGGGCCAGCCUCCAACGGGAGAAGCCAGCUUCCUAUUUGCUUUUUCCACGAAUGUUUCCCACCGCAGUUGUCAACAGAUUGUGCCCCAGUGGCGGAAAAGUCAGAAAAAUAUAUCUUAUGGCUUGGGACAUGCCUGUCUUGCAGUCAAGCAUGUAGCUAUUUAACAUUUUAUUAUAUAUUUGGUUAAAAAUUCAGCUACAAUUAUUGUCAUGAAGUAGUUAACUUCUUUUUUUUUUUUUUCUUUGCAAUUUUAGGAUCAACGUGUCCCCAGACCAAAGGAAACCUGUUCAUUUCUUGUAUAAAUUCCUCAAUUCCAGUAUUUCAUGUAUUCGCCAUUGCUUUGGUUGUGUUCUGCAUAAACUGCAUAAAAGAAAUCCUUUUAUUUAAGCCUAGGAUUAAUAAAAGUCAUGAAGUUUAUAUUCAGUUAAAAUAUACCUUGGUUAAGACAACUUGAUGCUUCUCACUUUGACUUAGUUUCGUACAAUAAAGUCUAUAUAUGAAAUGUGCAUUCUGGAAAAUAUUGUUCAUACCAAUAUUUUGCUUUUUAUAACAAAUGUUUGUUCAUUUCAGUAUCAUUUUUGCAGGAUUUAUUUGUGAUUCAUGUCAACAUGAAAAAUCUGACAUUAAACAUUAACAAGUAGAAAAACAUGACCCUGUAACCAUUACUUUGACCAGGAUUAUCUGUGUUUAGUUGUGGAUUUACUGCAACUGUUGAAUCCAAGUUUAUGUUCCAGUAAUUUUUCUUGAGACAAUUGCUCUCACUUCCUUUUCAAAAUUGUCAGAUAAUCCUCACCCCCACACAGGAAGGUUGUUUCUGUUUUGUUUUUGUUUGUUUGAAAUAAAAUUAUACUGUUGAGAGA